UUUCGACCCGACAUUUUGCACCAAGAGAUUCUGGCACUCUUGGAUUCACCCUUGAACAAGGCUGGUCUUUUGAAGAUUUAUAUACACACACAAACAAAAGUACUGAUCGAUGUCAAUUCAUCAAUUCGGAUUCCUCGAACCUACAAACGAUUCGCUGGUCUUUUCGUGCAACUUUUGCAUAAGAUGAAAAUCAAGGCCGGAACGGAAUCGACGACUCUACUCAAAGUCAUCAAAAACCCUUUUUCCCAAUACCUUCCCGCUGGAACUCAUGUCUAUGGAAUGAGCUGUCAAGGCAAACUAUACAGUCCUAUCUCCUUGGCAAAAUCUCUUUUACCGGCAACCCUCGAGGCCAGCAAACAAACUCCAACUUGCUUCAUUGUCGGAGCUAUGUCAACCGGACACAUCACGCUCGAAGAUCAUCCGUACAUUGAGCACAUGUUUUCUAUUUCUGAGUACCCACUUUCCGGUGCAGCCGCCCUGUCGCGGAUUAUGGGUGGCGUUGAGCAUCACUGGGGUAUUUGUUAG